CUAUUCCUGCUGUAUCAAUCAGCCGACCAACAUGUCCGACGAUGAGGUGGAUCAUGAAUUGAUCGAACUUCUCCGACAAUCACUGCUAGGAUCAAAGCCUAACCCUGACGACAUCACUUCCGACACAAAGGUUUUGCGCCAUGCCGAAUAUAUCUACAAUAACAGCAUUGAUGUUAACAUUGAUGCUCGCGGCACAAGGGCUGCUGCUCAAUUGAUCUGGUCUCAGAUGCAACUGCGUUGCUACAGUACAGAAACUUGGUCUGAGCAUGAACUGCAUCCCAAAGCAAAAGAUGAAGCUACUCUGAACUUCAUCUUCGUCAUGGAUCUAUUGAACUUCAGCUUCUGGAGCGAAAAGCCCGAGAGUGAGAGAUAUGCUGUCGAGUAUCGUGGCCAAACAUGGACUGGUUACUGGAGUCUCGUCGCGUGCCUGCAAAGAGCUCUUGAUGAGGAUAUCCCUAUCACGACUCCUUCCUUCUAUGCCGAUGAGUCUGAGUGCCCAGACGAGAGAAUCGCGUACGUCUUUCGAUCAUCAACUGGAGAGGAGAUACCUAUGCUGCAAGAGAGAAUCACCUGUCUUCGGGAUGCCGGUCAAGUACUUGAAGAUACUUUCGAUGGCAGCGUUGCCAACCUUGUUGCCGCCGCCGACAACAGCGCAGGGAAACUCGUUAACCUUCUGGCUCAUCGUUUCUCUUGCUUCAAAGACGAAUCGAUAUAUGAGAAGCGUGCUGUUCGCAUCAUGAAACGACCUCAGAUUCUGGUCGCCGACAUCUGGGCCGCAUUCAAUGAAGAAAGCUACGGCGAGUUCCACGACAUUGACUCAAUCACUAUGUUUGCAGACUACCGUGUACCUCAAAUUUUGCACACGCUGGGAUGCCUGACAUACAGCCCACCCUUGGACAGCACAAUCCGCACACAACGACCCGUUGACCAUGGCUCGAGCUACGAAGUCCAACUACGCGGUUGCAGUAUCUGGGCUGUUGAAUUGUUGCGUAGGGAAAUUGUUCGAAACAAUCCUGGUGCUAAGGUCAAUGCCAUAUUGAUCGACUUCUUCCUGUACGACCUGGCCAAGGAGAAAGAAAAGGCUGGGGAGCCGGCUAUUCCGCAUCAUCGGACUAGGAGCAUCUGGUAUUAAAUGGAACA